GUGUGUGAAUUUCCCGGUUUUCCAUGGCUUCCACCGCCGCUUUGCUGUCGUCCGCGGUGGAUUACUACAACGACGAAGAGGAGCUCGACAGCGUGGACGACGACGACGAGCGCAGCUUCAGAGGGAGAGAUUCGGAAGAAGACACGGAAGACGCCAGCGAAACGGACCUCGCCAAGCACGACGAAGACGACGACUAUGUGGAAAUCAAAGAGCAAAUGUACCAGGACAAGCUGGCCUCCCUGAAAAGACAACUGCAGCAGUUGCAAGAAGGCACGCUGCAGGAGUACCAGAAGAGGAUGAAGAAGUUAGAUCAGCAAUACAAAGAAAGGCUGCGUAACGCAGAUCUCUUUCUCCAGCUGGAGACAGAGCAGGUGGAGAGGAACUACAUCAAAGAGAAGAAGGCGGCGGUGAAGGAGUUUGACGACAAGAAGGUGGAGCUGAAGGAGAACCUCAUCGCCGAGCUGGAGGAGAAGAAGAAGAUGAUCGAGAGCGAGAAGUUAACCAUGGAACUCACGGGCGACUCCAUGGAGGUCAAGCCCAUCAUGACCCGGAAGCUGAGGAGAAGACCGAACGACCCCGUGCCGAUUCCGGACAAGCGACGAAAGCCGGCGCCCGCGCAACUCAAUUAUCUGCUCACAGACGACCAAAUCAUGGAAGAUCUCCGAACGUUAAAUAAGCUCAAGUCGCCGAAACGAGCAGUGUCGCCGUCGUCCCCUGAGCACGUGCCCUCGGCGCCCACGGAGUACCCGGCGCAGCGCUUCGAGGCCCGCAUCGAGGAGGGGAGGCUCUACUACGACAAACGAUGGUACCACAAGAGCCAGGCCAUCUAUCUGGAGUCCAAAGACAACACCAAGAUCAGUUGUGUCAUCAGCUCAGUGGCCACCAACGAGAUUUGGGUGAGGAAGACGAGCGACAGCACCAAGAUGAGGAUCUACUUGGGGCAGCUGCAGAGGGGAGCCUUUGUCAUCCGGCGGCGGUCGGCGGCGUGAAAAAAAAAAACAAAAAACAAAAAUGCCCCCCCCCCCCCCUGUACAUUAACCCCGCCCCCUUUCCUACUUGUACAUGUAUCCACGCCACGCGCUUCUUACUUUUGUUUUAGCCGUCUUGUCUGGUUUUAUCAGUUUUUUUUCCCAAAUAAAUCCAAUAAC